AUGGCUAGACGUGUGUUUGCGCCGUGGGUACGGGCGUAUCCCCCGGAACAACAGCGACAAGAAGACAUGCCAGUGUAUGACGAGGAGUUUGGCCCACGGAAUAUGCCACAACGGAAUUCUCCACCAUUAGCAUACUUCCUGCUUUUUUUCACUACUCACCUGAUGCAAAAAUGCAUGCUGGAAACAAACAGGUUUGCACGGAAUUUCCUUAGGACGUCGGCGGCAACAUUGGGGCCGAAAUCCCGGGCACGAGCAUGGUGGCGCGUCACCCUCCGGGAGUUCAAGGCAUUUUUGGGAAUGCUAAUCAACAUGGGUUUGAUUAAGAAACCAUCCAUUAAAUCGUAUUGGACUAACAAAUUGCAGAGUCAGCGAACGCCUUGGUUUCCAUCAGUCAUGUCCCGUAACAGAUUUCAAAACAUUCUCAGAUUUUUUCAUACCGUCGACAAUUCCAAAAUUCAACCAAGAAACAGCCCAAAUUACAACCCAUCUGAUAAAUUCAAGCAUUUCGUAAAUCAUGUAAACAUGCAAUUUAAACGACAUUUCCUUCCAUCUAAACAUAUCAGCAUUGACGAAUCUCUUAUAAGUUCAAAAAACAGAACAGAAAUGACUCAGUACAUUCCUACUAAACACUGCAAGUUUGGAAUAAAGUUAUGGAUGCUUGUCGAGUCUGUCAGCGGGUAUAUCAUGCAUAUGUCAAUAUAUAGAGGUAAAAGGUACGACCCCACACCAGCCGGACAGACACAGGGAUCAUUCGUGGUAUUCACGUUGAUGGAAGCGGCAGACCUCCUUAACAAAGGGUACCACUUAUUUACAGACGGGUUUUUUUCGUCAAUAGACAUGGCAAAGCGACUGCUAGAGGCGGGUACUAGAUUUACCGGUACAUUUCGAGCCAAUGCCAGAGGUCAACCACAAGCCAUCAAAAAACCGAUUCUCAACGCAGGACAAGCUGUAUACAUGCGACAGGGCAGUAUUUUACUAUGCGCAUACAAGGAGAAGUCUACCAGGAAACCCGUCCGUUUGAUAUCAAAUUGUCAAACAGCAACAGUAACAAACGCGAGGCAAAAACCGGAAAUGGUAAAUCUAUAUAAUCGGUUCAUGGGAGGGGUUGACCUUAAUGACCAACUCACAUUGACAUAUGACGACAAUAGGAAAAGUGUAAAAGCUUGGAAAAAGGUUGUUUGGAACAUGAUACACAGAAUGUUGUUGAAUGCAUACAUAUGCUAUACACACAACACUGACCGACACCUAAUUGUUAGUCGCGUUGAGUUUAUCCAACUCAUUGUGGAAAGUCUAUGUCAAGAACAGCUUGACCAGCGUAUACCUGGUGGAAUUCGACGUCGCCAUAAUCCCAUGGGUGUGGUUCCCAUCAAUGGUCAGAGAGAAUGCGUGGUAUGUUCACGUCAUGAUGGGAAUGGAAGACGUCGUGCUAGAAGCGCAUGUCGAAUGUGCCACCGUGGAUUACACGCCCAAUGCAUGAAUGACCAUGUAUGCCGACGUGACGUUGAACAAUAA